UUUCUUUUCACUCAUCAUGUCACUCGGCUGAGAUUUCAGGCCAACAUUUGAAUUCUGUGACCAAUAAUAAUGACUACAGUCCAGAGCGAGGGGGCAGCAAAAGGAACUGCCAUAACUGAGAAAGCAUUCAAAAGAUGGGGCAGGAGAAGCCCAUUUUUGAGAUAUGGCCUUCCUAUGAUCUCUCUCACUGUCCUCGGCUCUCUAGGCCUUGCCCAACUCCUGCAAGGCAGCAAGGAUAUUGCAAGGGUGAAAGAUGAUCAAGAGUGGGAAAUCAUUGAAACAAGAAAAGCAUUGUCUAGGACAGGACCAGUGCAUGCGUACAAUCCAAAACAGAUUUCCUUGGACGAUGAGCUAAAGGCUUUGCAACAAAAGGUGGACAUUAACAGCUAUGAAUACAAGAAAAUUCCUAAACCAAAUGAAGGCAAUCAAGACUAGUGUUGAGUUGUGGAUUGGAAACAACUUUUGUCAGAAUUUCUCAUGUACCGUUCUGAAAAUAAACUUUUAUGGAGUCAAAAGCCAAUUUCAUCUUGCUAGUGAAGUUGGUAUUGCCCUUCAUCUUUAGUGUUUUGACUUUUGCUUACGACAUUAUGGGAGUUGAAGUUGAGGUAAAAUUUUGAAAUUUGUGUACCAAGGAUUUUCAAGUACGGUGCUGGGAAUAGCUAAAGGUACUCGCUUGGUUCUACUUUAAUAAGGGUGAAAAAGUGUAAAUGUUUCUUGUCAUGUUUUAGUUUGUCUUUUUUACCUAUCUUGCAGUGAUGCACAUUGGAUGUUAUAACGUUAAUCCUGAUGGAGCUACUUUUGCCGUCA